GUUUUGUUGUAAAUCCGAAGCAAUAAUAAUAAUAAUAACAAAGUGCAUGCAUAUUCUUCUGAAUCGCACCUCCCUCUCAUAAUAAUAAUAGUUCUGCGUAACUUUCUUUCUAGAGGGAAUUCAAAUCUCUCUCGCCGAGAGAAUUAAAUUGGAUUUCCGCGUAGCAGUGGAUCUGACCGGAGAUUUCACCGUCGGUGAAUGAGUUUUUAAGAGAUUGAUUUAGAGAGAAUUCCAUUUCUUAUUUUUGUCUGCCGAAUUCAAUUUGAAUCUCCCCCGGCAAGAGAAUUGGAUUCAAUUUUGGAGGAGCUGUGGAUCUAAUCGGAGAUCUCACCGGUGGCCGAGAGUUUUUCGGCAGAUGAAUUGUUGAGAUUGUGAUUCUGAUUUAAUUUUGUGAAGUGUAGAAGUGUGAGCAGCGAGGAGGAAGCCAAUGAAGAACGGCACGUUAGAAUGCAGUGUGUGCCAUUCAAAAUUGGUUUCUCCAAAUUCUAGAACAUAUUCGAAGGCUUAUGAUCGACAUAAGAUCAGGGUUUCAUCAAAGCAGCGUGCCCUUAAUGUGCUUUUGGUUGUUGGCGAUUGUGUCCUAGUUGGUUUACAGCCUAUUUUGGUUUAUAUGUCCAAGGUGGAUGGGAAGUUCAAUUUUAGCCCACUUAGUGUUAACUUCUUGAUAGAGGCUGCGAAGGUUCUGUUUGCAAUUGUCAUGCUUUUGUUCCAGGCGAGGCAUCAGAAAGUUGGAGAGAAGCCCCUUCUAUCAAUCUCCACAUUUGUACAGGCAGCUCGUAACAAUGUUCUUCUUGCAGUUCCAGCUCUUCUUUAUGCUAUCAAUAACUAUUUGAAAUUCAUCAUGCAGUUAUAUUUCAAUCCUGCAACUGUGAAGAUGCUGAGCAAUUUGAAGGUUUUGGUAAUUGCUGUUUUACUGAAAAUCAUAAUGAGACGUCGGUUUUCCAUAAUUCAGUGGGAAGCUCUUGCUUUGUUGCUCAUCGGAAUAAGUGUAAAUCAGUUGCGCUCUUUACCUGAAGGUACUACCGCUAUGGGCCUUCCAGUUGCAACGGGUGCAUACAUCUACACAUUGAUCUUUGUGACUGUUCCAUCUAUGGCCUCUGUAUUUAAUGAAUAUGCUAUGAAGAGCCAAUAUGACACAAGCAUAUACCUACAGAAUGUAUUUUUGUAUGGAUAUGGUGCUAUAUUCAACUUUUUAGCAAUACUGGGAACUGUCGUGGUCAAAGGACCCAGUAGCUUUAACAUCCUGGAAGGACAUUCAAAAGCUACCAUGCUUCUAAUAUUUAACAAUGCAGCCCAAGGAAUUUUGUCUUCUUUUUUCUUCAAAUAUGCAGAUACAAUCCUGAAGAAGUACUCUUCAACAGUCGCAACAAUCUUCACUGGCAUUGCAUCUGCUGCGUUGUUUGGUCAUACUUUGACCAUAAACUUUAUGUUAGGAAUUUCUAUUGUGUUCAUCUCAAUGCACCAGUUCUUUUCACCACUUGCAAAAGUCAAGGACGAACAGCAGAAUGGAAUGACGGAACUAAGGGAUGUUCCUGAGAAACUCAAGUCAAAAGAUUCGUUCCUAGAUUUGGCAGCAGCAGCUCAUGUAGAGACAACUCGUCAUGCAGGAGAGGAUGAAAGACGGCCUCUACUCCCUACCUAAAGCUUCACUGAAUUUGUUUUACAUUAGAGAGGAAUUUUUGUGGGAAGAAUUCUUUUGGCAGGACUUGUUGGACUGAAGAGAAGACAAGUCCAUUGUCAGAAUCACAAAAUAAAUACAACUUGGAAGAAUUGUUUUUCAUAUUUGAGAAUCCUUUCCUGCUUCUUUCUUUCACCCGGUCGGUGUGCCUUUCAAUCAUGCCCGGGUUAUCUGGGUUUUCCCUGCUCGAGGCUUGGCAAAGAUUAGUAACAUGGGUUACCAGGUACCUGGUUCCCAAUGUCUUUCCUGCCUUUUGAAAACUAAUGUGGGGUUAAUUUUGUUCUUUCCUUUAAAGAUAUUCUUUAUCCUGUUUGCCCAAAUAUCAUUUCUUACUCUCUUUUAGAAGUCCAUAUGGUGUAAUGAGAAAAAAUGUCCCCUUUUCCUUAUACAUAUCAUGCUAUUUAAAUGUAUCAUUUUGUCGCAGUAAAUCAAAAAAUAGUUAUUAUUUUUUCUUAA